AUGGGCGGCCGCAGGCGGUUGCCAGGGCCCGGCGUCCCGGCGACAUCAUGGCGGCCAUGCGGCCCGGCUCCUACUCGGGUGGCCUGAGAAUGCGGCGGCGGGAUGGAUAUGGGCUAUAUGUUUAUCCUAAUACCUUUUUCCAGUAUGAAGGAGAAUGGAAACAAGGAAAAAAACAUGGUCAUGGCAAACUAUUAUUCAAGGAUGGAAGUUAUUAUGAAGGCGAGUUUGUGGAUGGUGAAAUUUUGGGGAAUGGAUUGCGAUAUUGGGCAUCUUCAGGAAACACUUACUCAGGUCAAUUCAUGUUAGGAGAGCUCCAUGGACAUGGAGUCAUGCAAUACAGAGAUGGUGGGAAAUAUGAAGGAGAAUUCUUUUGUGGAAUGAGAGAAGGAUAUGGGUUACUGGUUGACAGGGAAGGACAAAUUUAUCAAGGAUCUUUCCACAAAAAUAAGAAGCAUGGAGGAGGUAAAAUGACCUUCAAGAAUGGUGAUAAGUAUGAAGGAGACUGGAUCCUGGACCAGCGACAAGGUCAUGGGGAACUGCACUGUGCCGAUGGAAGUAUAUAUGAGGGGCAGUGGAGAAAUGACAUGUUCAAUGGACAGGGCACUAUAAUUCAUUGUUCUGGUGUCAUCUAUGAUGGACUGUGGAUCAAUGGCUACCCUGCUGCUCAAGCAAAGAAGAUAGUGAUUUUGGGCCCAGAAGUUAUUGAUAUAAUUCAGGGAUCUUCUAUCACCCUUCAUGUACAGCUACAGAAUGAAGAAGGAGAGGUUUGUGAAUGUACGGACAUGUUUACAGAUAUUUUAUGCCAUAUAAGACCAGCAGAGCAAGUUUCUGGUUUCUGGUUAGUACAAGUAAUGCAAGAAAGUGGAUUUGAAUGUAUUAGCUACCCUUUGAUGGAUGCCAUAUCUGAAAGCCAGAAACUGAAAGCUGCUUUCCCUAUAGUUAGCAAAUCUGGAUUUGCAUUGGCUGAUUUAUCAAUUCCUGAGAGAGUUAUAGAGCCAGAAUCAGGAUCAGACACCAUGCAUGGAGCUGGAGAUGCCCCCAGCAAUCAGGAUGUAUUUGAAGAUGAACAUCCCUGUCCUCCUACCAGUCAGAGAGUGGAACAUGGCUGUGCAAUUUUCAGAAACAUCUUGCUUGCACCUCCUCCAGCUAAUUAUCUGCCCUUUCUGCUUGUGGAUGAAGUAAGCAAAAAAGGAGGCAGAAAGCCAAGUGGCAGAAUAUCUGCUGAGAAAGCUGAGAAGAUGACAGUCUUGCAAGAGAAAAUUGGAGACAGCAGAUCUGAGAUGACAUCCAAACGGCACGAGUUAAAAAACGAUCAGUGCUCCAUGAAGAACUGUAGCGUUUUGCCAGGCAAGUAUGUGCUUAUGGUCCAUGAAGUAACCAUGCCCCCAUUUUUGGGCCAGACUCUCCCACCAGCCUUCAAACUCUUAAGGGUUUUGCCAGAGAAAAUCAAAAACAAGAAAGCGACCAGCAAGUAAAGAAGGAACAUAAACGUUCAGGAAUUCACAGGCUGUGUCCAAUGCACACUGUAGUUUGUGGAGGUUUUACCACUGAGUACAAUAGGAGUUGGACUGAUCCCUUGGGCCUCAGAUGAUGUAGGUUUUGAAAAAAGGGGUAUACUAACAGCAAAGAAAUAAUUGACCAACAGAAAUCCAUUUCACAAAGUGUCCUACCUAGUCACAUUUUAGAUGAUACAUCCGUAUUUAUGAGAUGGAGAGAAAUGUCUUUGAUGAAUCCUAUUUUUCAUCAUUAUAUAAGUUGUAUGUAUUUUUAACAAAAUUCUAUUAAAAUAAACUGAAAAUUCAGGCCACAGUUUGAUCAGAUAAUGAUGCCAUAAAAACUGGUGAACCAUCUGAACAGCUAAUGGGUAAAAUCAUACAUAGCAAAUUAACUUUUAUGACCAUGGUGAUCACCUCUCUUAUAACACAUUUAUGAAUAUAUUGUUUUGUGGAUAAAAAGUCUUGUUCAUCUAAUUCACAUGAAAGACACUCACUGCCUAAAAGAUGACAACCAGGCAGCUGUCUUGUCUCCUGAAACUGGCUUCUGUCUUCAGUGAAGGAGGAUCAAAGUUAGAUUAAUUAUUCCAGAAAGGCCAUUGCCAAAUAGUCCAUAAAUGAAGCUAAACAAUGGUAGAGAAAUGCUGAGUUCAUGUGGUUGGAACAUGUUUGGGUUUGAUGACAGUUGCCACUGAACAUACAAGUGUUUUCACGCCAACUAAACAAUCAAGAUUCAGUUGUAGAACACCUGAAAGUUGGCAAGCAAAGGGAAAAGGACUGCAUUCUGAUCAGAAAAGGGACAAUCAAAACAGAAAAAGAUUUGAAGAGCAUCUCUAGAAAAUCAAUAUAAUUAAUAUUUGACUAGGGCUUUUCAGUAUUGAAAAUGAAACUUUAACUGGAAAAAGUAUGAUGGGGGCAUGUAUAUUAAAAAGGAAAAUAGGAUGA